AUGGAGAACAGCUGGUCACCAUCCUCGUGGCUAACAACCUCUGUGCAGUCUCUGCCCAAAAUGCUUUUUGGACAUGGUGCUUUAGGAAAACAUCUCCUUGUGAGUGAUGUGGUAGCCUAUUUGAUACCUGCAGCCGAAAACAACCCUUUCCUUAUUGGAAUGCACUACUGGUAUUCCAGUCCUAAUCCUCGGACUCAGUUCUGCAAUGUUUGUCGAGAGAACAUUCCUGCCUUAUCUCGAGAUGCCAUCAUUUGUGAAGUAUGCAAGGUGAAAUCUCACAAAGUCUGUGCUUUGAGAGCAAACAAAGACUGCAAAUGGAACACUUUAUCCAUAACCGAUGACCUUCUUCUACCCGCUGAUGAAAUACAAACAAUGCCACAUCAGUGGGUAGAAGGAAAUAUACCGCCCAACUCUCAGUGCACCGUAUGUCAUGAGAGUUGCGGUAGUUAUCACAGACUCCAGGAUUUUCGCUGCCUCUGGUGUGGCUCUACGGUGCACGGGGCCUGCCAGAAGCGGUUUUCCAAGGAAUGUUCCUUCGGAAGUCGUCGCUCAUUGGUCGUCCCACCCACAGCAUUGAGCGACCCAAGAGGUGAUGGUCAGCUAGUAGUAUCGUCUGACUUCUGGAAUCUUGACUGGCCACUGACUUGUUCCUGUCCCUUGCUCAUCUUCAUCAACUCUAAAAGUGGAGAUCAUCAAGGGAUCAUCUUCCUCCGAAAAUUCAAACAAUACCUUAAUCCGUCUCAAGUAUUCGACCUGGCGAAGGGUGGACCUGAAGCAGGUAUUGCUAUGUUCAAGAACUUUGCCCGUUUUCGAGUUCUGGUUUGCGGUGGAGAUGGCAGCGUGAGCUGGGUCUUAUCUACAAUUGAUGCCUAUGGAUUGCAUGAUCGGUGUCAGCUGGCAAUCAUCCCACUUGGAACUGGUAAUGAUCUCGCUCGUGUCCUUGGCUGGGGAGCAUUCUGGAGUAAAGGCAAAUCACCACUGGAAAUUCUCAGCAGAGUAGAGCAGGCUCACGUGAGGAUUUUAGACAGAUGGAGUGUGAUGAUCCGUGAGACGCCCAAACCAGUCCCACUGCUGAAAGGACAGGUGGAAAUGGAUAUCCCAAGAUUUGAGGCUGCUGCCAUCAAGAACGUAGAAUCUGCAACCACUGAGUUGAACAAAAUUCUGAAGGCCAAGUACCCCACUGAGAUGGUCAUCGCCACAAGAUUCCUGUGCUCAGCAGUGCAAGAUUUUAUCGAUGAUAUUGUAAAGGCCUGGCAUCAAAUAAAACAGAACACUACAGCAGUAGAGUCUGUGAUUUUGAAAAGCGACUUAAUGUAUGAUAAACUCAGUGUCCUUCUUGAUCUCCUGGCUGAGGAUGCAGUAGCUGCCUCUGCUGAGAGGACAGCCACAGCAUAUGGAAGCAGAAGCAAAUCAGAUGGAAAACCCUUCGUCCCUGAACUAGACCACAUAGCAAAGGCUAAAAUGGAGUUGGCUGAAAGGGCUCAGAAACUCCAGCAAUCCUUGAAACUCAUCAUAUUCCAGGUUGAACAAGUUCUGGAUGACGAAAGCAGACAGAGCUUAUCAGUGAAGAACUUUGCUUCAUCUUUGUUCCUGGGCGAUGGAGACGAUGACUCAGAUGACUAUGAUCAGAGCCCAAGACACCGGUCUCGCUGUGACACCUUAUCUUCUAUACCUUCUCUGAGAAGUGAAGACCUUGAUAACCUUGACUUAGAACACUUACAUGUUACACCUGAAACGAUACGCUUCAAAGAAAGGUGUGUCAUGAACAACUACUUUGGAAUUGGACUAGAUGCAAAAAUUUCUCUGGAGUUCAAUGCCAGAAGAGAAGAACACCCAGAACAAUACAAUAGCCGCCUUAAGAACAAAAUAUGGUAUGGUCUUCUGGGAAGCAAGGAACUGCUACAGCGCUCAUACAGGAAACUGGAAGAGCGAAUACACCUCGAGUGUGAUGGAGAAGCUGUCUCCUUGCCAAACCUUCAAGGCAUUGUAGUGCUCAACAUUACCAGCUACGCUGGAGGUGUCAACUUCUGGGGAAGCAACACAGCAACCACAGAAUAUGAGGCCCCUGCAAUUGAUGAUGGGAAGCUAGAGGUAGUGGCAAUCUUUGGUUCUGUGCAGAUGGCCAUGUCUCGCAUCAUCAACCUGCAUCAUCAUCGAAUUGCCCAGUGCCGUGAGGUGAUAAUAACUAUUGAUGGUGAAGGUGGUAUCCCUGUGCAGGUGGAUGGGGAAGCCUGGAUUCAGAAACCAGGCCUUAUCAAGAUUAAAUACAAUAAUACUGCCCAGAUGUUGAUGAGAGAUCGGGACCUUGAGAACUCAAUGAAAACGUGGGAAUCUAAGCAUACUGAAAUCCAAGCUGUCCCAGCACCCCACCUGGAUUUCCAGGAAUCUCAAGACAGCCUCUCUGAUGGGGAGUAUGCCCAGAUGCAGCACUUGGCUCGGCGUGCAGAAAACCUCAUUAGCAGACUUACUGACCUAAGCAAGGUCCACCAGCAUGUGUCUGUCCUCAUGGAUUCUGUGAAUGCCAGUGCUACCAUACUGAAUGAUGUGUUCUAUAGCCAAGACAGUGGCAAUGAAGCAGGGGCAGCUUCCUGCAUUCCCAUUGAGACUCUAAGCAGAACUGAUGCAGUAGAUGUUACAUUUAGUCUUAAAGGGCUCUACGAUGACACCAAAGCUUUCCUGGAUGAAAACUUGGUGAGUAGCGCUAAGGAUCGGGCCAUGCUAGAAACUGCCUUGGAUGCCAUGAAUAUGGAGCUGAGAAGGAUACUGGCAAUUGGCUGGUUGAGUCAAAUCUUUUAUCCAGAGGAACAGGCUUCUGACACUUACAGUUUAAGUCGAAGGUUUAGAGUGAAAUUCCCCAAGUUGGGGAAGAAGAAACAACGAGAAGAGGGAGGAAAGCCAAAAUCAAGCCAAAGAUUCCCUGGUUUUCUUGGCAAGUUCUGGCGUCGCAGAAAUCGUGGCAAGCGAGCAAAAGAUGAUGACCCUCCAACACCUUCAAGUUCUCAACUAUAG